AGAGAGAGAGAGGGAGAGAGACAAGUGGAGUUUAUCACCUAUUGCAUAAUAACACGUAAACACAGUCAGGUGAGGAGCGCGGCCCGCCGAGGGCGACAGGACUGUGCAAGGGGCCGAAUCUGUAAAAAUCCAGUCCUUCGACCGACACCGAGGACGGGUCUCUGCAGACGUGAAGCUGGAAAUCAGCGAGACCUCUGCGUGUGAAACUUUGAAAACUUUCUCCACGUGUGCAUCUCGCUUCGGGAUUCCUCGGGACUUUUGGCACGCUUUUACGCGCAGCUGCCCGGCGCUCCAGCGGAGGCAGCAGACCAACCAGAGAGAGACUGUGAGAGAAACUUUGGAUCCGGGCCGUGCUGCAGCUGUGACUCCGCUCGGCUCGUCCUGCCUGGGACUUCACCCUAAAGUUGUAAACAGCCGUGGUCUGAUGAGAGUUUCUCUCAGAGACCGAGCAGCAGCGACUGCUUGGGUCGAGCAGAGACCGGAGGCACAGUAAAUCACAAGAAAAGGCGAGUGAGCUGCAGAGGUGAAGCGAGGACGAGACAGGUUGGUGUGACCGAAUUCACCGGACUCGAGUUUCACGUUCAACUCUUGGUAUUAAAGCGUGCAUUUGACCUGGGAUAAGUUGUCAACAAGAACAGUGAGCGAAGACGCACUGGCAGCUGGACAAGUUCAUUUACGUGCACACGUAUAUUCACGCCACUAUAUAUAGAAGUUGUCUUAGGGACGAGCAGCCUUAAUAAGUUUCUCCACCCUCCCGUCGGCCCCGCUGCAGCUCUACGCACCGGGCGCGUACCCGACUAUAAAUACACCACACGGGCUUUUUGUCCUCUUCGCAAUCUGUAUCCCAGAGCGCUGCCCGCCGUCGGUUUGGCUGUGAGGGCAGGAGUCGUCGCAUGGACUGACAUGGCCACCGACCUCGCCAUGAGCGCAGAGCUGCCCAACAGCCCUCUGGCCAUAGAGUACGUCAACGACUUCGAUCUGAUGAAGUUUGAGGUGAAGAAGGAGCCUCCGGAGGCCGACCGCUACUGCCACCGCCUCCCGUCGGGCUCCCUCUCCUCCACGCCCAUCAGCACACCCUGCUCCUCAGUGCCUUCGUCGCCCAGCUUCUGCGCACCAAGCCCGGGCGCGCAGCCCAACCAGAGCUUGGGCUCCAGCGGGGUCAACGGGGGUACCGGGGGCGGGAACAGCAACAACAGCAGCGGCAACAACAAUCACAGCAACGUCGGCAAACCUCAGCUGGAGGACCUGUACUGGAUCCCCAGCUACCAGCACCACAUCAACCCGGAGGCGCUCAACCUGACUCCGGAGGACGCGGUGGAGGCCCUCAUCGGGAACGCGCACCACCAUCACCACCACCACCAGUCCUACGAGGGCUUCCGCGGGCAGCAGUACGUCGGCGAGGACCUGUCUUCGGCCUCCGCGGCGCACCACCACCAGGCGCAUCACCACCAUCACCACCACCACCACGGCCACCACGUCCGUCUGGAAGACCGCUUCUCCGACGAGCAGCUGGUCAGCAUGACGGUGCGGGAGUUAAACCGGCAGCUGCGGGGCUUCAGCAAAGAGGAAGUGAUCCGUCUGAAGCAGAAGAGGCGCACCCUGAAGAACAGAGGCUACGCGCAGUCCUGCCGCUUCAAGCGCGUCCAGCAGCGGCACAUGUUGGAGACAGAGAAGUGCACGCUUCAGAGCCAGGUGGAGCAGCUGAAGCAGGACGUGGCGCGUCUGGUCAAGGAGAGGGAUCUUUAUAAGGAAAAGUACGAGAAGCUUGCCAGCCGGACCUACAGUUCCGGCGGUGCCGCCAACACCAGAGACCCGUCCGGGAAACAGGCCACCGCCGACUUCUUCAUGUGAGAGACUGAAGAUUUGUAGCAUAGACUGUGAACUGAACUGAACUGUACUGAACUGCACCCUCACCCUGAAAACAUGCGUUUCUUUUUUUUUUUUUUUUUUUUGCCUUUUCUGUAUUUUGUUUACAGUUUCUCUUUUGACAAAAAGGGACUUUUAACUCACACAACUACACAUUUGUCUGUGCACAGAACCAAUCCUUGUGCGCACUCGCUGUUAAGUCUUAAAAACAUCAACCUCUGUAAAACCAUGGGAUCAGAAAACCUGACAUUAUCAAGACCGUCUUAACUCAAAUGAUUCUCGUCUUAAACCUGGGUGUUAGAGGGUCUUUAUUUACAUUUUUCUUCUUUUUUUUUAUUUCUCUGAAGAGAUUGGACUGAAACAGAGGCAGACAUAGCAAUACACCACCUCUCCUUCCAGCUCCACGGACACACACUCAGUUUGGAGUGGCCCUGUGAUGCAGAAUAAGACCCCUCCCAAUCCCCUCUUUUUCCUCCAAUCUUGCAAGUCUUCAAAGUUGUCCCAUCCCUCCAUUUUUGCAACCCUGCAUGCAGGACAUGUAUGGUAUAACCUCCAGCCACAAUUCUUCCAGAAAGCAUGGCCCAUGGUUCUCCUCUCUCCUUCAGCUCCUUUCCUUUCCUCCUUAAAUCCCCCCCUCUCCUCUGCCUUUACCAAGGCCUGGGUAUGCACCAAAAAUCUUACCUCCAUUUAAAUAAAAAUAAAAUAAUAAUAAAAAAAAAAACCAGAAAGAAACACCUCGAAGGACUGAAGCGCAAAUAUAUAUAUAUAUAUUUAAAAAACCUGCUAAAACAUGGAUGCAUCCUUAACUGCUAUUUUCAAUCGUUGUUUUUUUAUUAUUUAAAGACAAAAAAAGAGAUUAACUGAGCCAGAUUUUAGACUUGUAUUUAUUUCCACCUGUACAUACAUACGUAAAUAAGGUUUAGAGAAGAGCAGUGGACUGUGUAAACUUUGACCUCUCUCUCUUUCUCUCUCUCUCUCUCUCUUUUUUAAAUCUUUCUUUCUGUGGUUGCUCGGAUCCUCCAACCAUGUCUUAAUAAUUCAAAUAAUGUUUGUAUGUUACAGCAUGCAAAUCUGUAAAUCUAUGGUAUCCAGCCCUCUUCCUCCUCCUGCUCAUACAUGUGUAUAAUGUCAAAGGCAAAGCUAGAACUGCACUAAAGAUGAAGUUUGGAUCAGAUCAGACUGAUGGUUUCUGGGUUUGGCUCGGGUGGACAAUGGACUGCAUUCGCUGCUAAAAAAAAACAACAAAAACAAAAGAAAAAACAACAACAACUCUAUGCACCAUCCAGAAAAUUCAAACAAAAAUUACAGAUUUUAUUUGUCUUCAUUUUUUUUUACUUGGAAUAUUUGUAGAGGAUAAAUUCAGGGGCCUGCAGCUUUUAUUCUGCAGCCCAGUGUCUUAAAAAGCGAGGAUGUUGUCCGUUGUGAGUUAGUCAAGAGGAUUAAAAACAAACAGAAAAAAAUAAAAAUAAAUGAUGAUAUAUGUGCAAUAUUGUGCAGAA